GAUUAAAGUAGCGCGCAUAAACGAGAAAAGUGAAGGCGGAAUUUGACAAGGAAAUCCUUGCUGUUGAAUUUUGAUGUAAAAUAUUUAAAUCAUGUUCGAUCAGACCUUAAAAUAUUAAUCUAUGUUAAGCAUGAACAAUCAACAUGGGCUCGGCAAAGUCUCGAAUGUAGGUGCGAUACCAUUGGGCCAGUGGGGUGGGCACCUGCACGCGCCGCCACAUCAUGAUGUCAAGUUUACAGAGAGAAGUCUGACCUGAGCACGUGGAGACACGGCGCUAUUCUGCUGCUUUCAUACCAAAAUGACAUCGGUGUGUGUUAAUACAGAUCAGAUGGAUUAGUAAAAUGCUCUCUGGAUUUCCAUCAUGAGAAUAUGACGACUUUCCGAAAUCCUCCCUCUCAUAAACACUUGACCGGUUACAUGCGCGUGAGGAGCCGGAGGGAAAACUGGCUCGCGGUGGUUCUGCUCCGAAUAUCGCGCCGGGAUUUGAGCUUCUGUCUUACCGCUCUCCUCAUAUUCUGUCUGGGGUCCUUGUUGUACCAGUUAAACGGAGGAGCACCGAAAAUCCUGCUAGAUGUGGGUUAUUAUCUCGGGAGAUUUUCUGGUGGCCAUGGAUCUUUAGCACCCAGAGCUUUACCUUUCCCAAGUCAGGUUGUGUAUAACAGGGUUGGUAAGUGUGGAAGUCGCACUAUAGUUUUGUUGCUGCGCAUCUUGGCGGACAGACAUCAGUUCACCCUCAUCUCCUCUGAUAUUCACAACAAGACCAGACUCACCAAACGUGAACAGGAAAAUCUAAUUAGAAACAUCAGCACAACUCCUCAGCCAUUUCUUUACACCCGACAUGUGCAUUUUCUCAAUUUUAGCAGGUUCAGAACGAACGAGCCAGUGCACAUCAACAUCAUCAGAGAUCCGAUCAACCGAUUCUUAUCCAAUUAUUUCUUCCGGCGGUUCGGCGACUGGAGAGGGGAAGAGAAUCACAUCGUCCGAACCCCUGGGAUGAAAGACGAAGAAAGAUACUUGGACAUCAACACAUGCAUCUUGGAAAGCUACCCAGAAUGCUCCAAUCCCCGGCUUUUCUACAUUAUCCCAUAUUUCUGUGGGCAACAUCCUCAGUGCAGAGAGCCGGGUUUGUGGGCGCUGGAAAUGGCCAAGCAGAACGUUCUAGAUCAUUAUCUGCUGGUAGGGGUGUUGGAGGAACUUGAGGAUGUGUUGCUUCUGCUGGAGAGACUGCUUCCACAUUUCUUCUCUGAUGUCUUGAACAUCUACAAAAGUCCAGAAUACAGGAAGUCGGGGAACAUGACGGGCACCGUCCACAAACAGACUCCUAAUCUAGAGGCCCUGCAGGUGCUUUAUCAGCGCAUGGAGUAUGAGUACAAAUUCUACAACUUUGUCAAAGCUCAAUUCCACCUCACCAAGAGGAAGAUCGGUCUGAGGACAGGUCCACAACCCUCCAGAUAUUAUUCUAGUGUGCUUCAGAGGAAGGACCUACAGGAGGAGCUGGAGGAAGAGGAAACAGAAGAAUCACUCGACUCGACCGAACAGACCUGAGAGAAGCUCUGAGACUGGGAUAUACUAUAAUCUAAAAUAAUCAAUCAUUCAGGUGGUCCUACUGAACCAUAGAACUGGAUAAAGCUUGAAAAAUCAUGAUUUCUUAUGUUUAUCUGUAAAAACAAAAAAAACAACUAAAUGUUGUCAUCAGCAUUAUUAGACUUUAGAAUAUUUAACAAAUUUUAAAAAUUUGCUUCUUUUUUUAUAAUGAUUCUUUGAACAAUUUUUAAACAUAUUAGUCACACUGCAACUGUAGUAGCCUUAAUAAAAUGAGUGAAUUCAGAAAUCAUUUGAUAUGCAUGAAGAGUACUUUUGUUUUGUGGGAAAUAAAACUUGACAGCAUUAAUGUUAAGGUCAAA